AAAAUAAGAGACGGUUGCGAUGAAAUAAAAACAAAUGCCGACAACCUAUCGAACCCCCAAGAAGCCGACGAAUCAGUGAUAGACGAUAUGUUGUUGGUUGCAAAGUUCUCUCAGGAAUGCGAUGAUGGCAUAAAGACAAUACAAUCAGCAGUCGACAGUGUUAAUGAUGAACAUUCUAGGGAGGUUCUCAUCGAAAAGCUUCGUAUCUUAAUGGAUAAAUCUGACCUUUUGAAGUUUGCCACAAAAGGCAGCGUUUCUCUAACAAAUGCUGUAGCCAUUGAAGAAAAUUUACAAAAACUGACAGAAGCUGAAGAGAAGAUUGACAUGUUAUUGAAAUGUACUGACGAUGACGAUCAAAGGGAGAGAGAGGGCGAGCCAGUAAACAUAGAAAUGAUAAAAGCAGCACAAUCGUCCCUCUCCAGUGCUGUUAUUUCAAAACGAGAUGAUAUUUUGUCGCAAGCACUCACCCAGUAUGCAAUUAAAAUGCUCUCAGCCACGCCGAAAGAUGCUGAGAAUCAGUUGAGGCUAAAGAAACACUUAGAAAGAUUAUCUAGCUUACUAAAGAAACGGUACUUUGCUCGAGGAAGGCGUGUUGCCACUUGGCAAGACUCCGACGAUGAUGACGUCACAGACAUCUCCAACAAUAUUCUUAAGGAAAUCGAUGAAAAUAUUCUUCAAGAGAGUAAAGCUCAUCUUUCUUUAAAUGAAAAUGCUCUGAAAACUUUGAUCACGCCAAGCGAUUCACUGAUAACUGGGGACCUUAAGGAACUACAUUCUAAGCUCUAUCAGCAAAUACAAAAGCUAAGCUUCAUGAUUGGCACCGUUAUGUUAAGCUGCCAGAAACAAGAGAGCUUAUCAAAGAGCUUACAUUCCACGGCUGAAGCUGUUGCUGAAACAGCUGGUAUAGCUAAAGCUAUUAAAGAAAAGGAUAUCAUACAAGGCAAGAGAAUAGAAGAAGCUACUAAAUACUUAACAUCGACAACCUAUGAUCUUUUAGUAACAUCAGAAUCUGUUAGUCAAGAUCUUCACAAACCAGAAUCCCGGCGGAAGUUACUAGAUGCCUGUCGCGCUUUGACUGAAGCGCUUAAUAAAUUUGCUCAAGCAUCAUCAAGAGCAGACAAAGCAACGCGUGAUAGUGAAGAAUUACAGCGUAACUUACAGUUGCAUCAGAUGUUGCUAACAGCAGACCAGCCCACCUGUGCUCUGGGAUAUGCCGACUGUUUGGAUGCAUUACAAACGCAAGGCGAAGUCAUACAUAAGCUAAAUAGUGAUGAGCCGAUGACGCGAGCAGAGUGCAGCACAACACUACGCUACGUUACUUCCGCCGUCUGCGCAAGCGCCGAAUAUGCUGCACACUCCGCAUAUUUGCUAUCGCUGUCAGAAGAAGAUGAACACGCAGCCAAAAUUGGCUUUGUUGAUAAACCUCGAUUGUGCAAUGUUAUUGAUAAUAUAGACAAAGUUUGCACGAAAAUUACCUCAUCAAGACAUUUAGAUGAAGUUAAAGCCAUGGAACCGAUUCUUAAUCAACAAUUGCAAAUACUAUCUGAAGUUGUUGAAGACUGUGCGAAUAAAAUUCCAGAAGAAGACAGUAAUCGAAUUAGGGAAAAUUAUAAAGACGUUAAAACUGCAGCGGAAGAUCUAAAGCAGGAAAUGAACGCACACGCAACGUACAAGGAAGAAGCAAUACUGCCGCGAAGUACGAAAUUGUUAAAUGCGCUACAAACACUGAAGUCGUCCAUAAAUCGUCUUCCAUCACCUAAAAUUGGUAAAUCUCAGGAAAUGCAACAACAAGCUACGGAGAUUAUGGAUAAUGCCAAGUCCCUCUUACAAGACACGUCUCGUCUUGUGAACAAAUUGACGUCAUCUGAAGACGAAGUGUUAACGUGGGUCAUGUACGGAACAGAAAGCAAGCGAGUUAUUAAGGCGUACGAAGAACUCCUUAAUAUUAUAAAAAAUAAAGGCAAAGAUCGUCAAUUAUUACAAGCAUCAGGUUCUACAAUGGAAGACCAACCACCGAAAAGCCAUCUAGAGACGCAGAUUGACCUGAUAAACAAGUGGCUGCGGAACCCUGCUUGCAAGAACGAUGUCAAAACUAAUGCAGUACAAGCAGCAGAGAACAUAAUUGAUAUGGGAGAAAAGAUGUGUGAAGACCUUAAAGAUGUUGAAAAGGAAGAAAUGCAAACUGUUGUUGUAGAAACAAAAGAGCUGCUGAACGAAUGCUCUGUUAAAUAUCAAAGCGCAAAAGCCAGUCUGUUAUUGGAGAGGAUAAGAGAGCUGAAAGCAAUGAUAGAAAGAGGAGUGGUCACUCGUGUUGUGGAGGAAUUCUUGGAAGAACAGCCACUAGAAGACUUUGAAAAUAUUCAUAAAGAAACAGAUGCAAAAAAACGAGAAUUCCUAUUGGACAAGAAGAUAGCAGAACUUCUAGCGCAAUUGGCUCGCGUUUCCAGAACUGCACAAUUUGUGUCUGACACAAGCACUACACCCAUCCGACAGGAACUGCUGAAGACUAGCAACCAGGUGGAAUUGCUUGCCCCAUCUUUAGUGAAAGCUGCUCAAGACUCCGUCCGUACUCAAGAUGACCAAGCAAUAGAAAACUACAGAAAGUUAGUGAUGGAAUACGCAGAAUCAUUGGCACGAGUUCGAGAACUUUGUGACAGAGCUGUUGAUCCAAUAGACUUUGCACAAGCUGCUGGUGAAACAAUGGCUCGUAUUAAGGAAGAUUGCAAAAAUGACCCGAAAAAAUCUGCCUACACAUCGCGUGUAAUAAUCAGAUUAGGAAACCGCGUUGUAGAAGCCAGCUUGUCUAAUGCGAACGUACAGAAGGACCCUGAGCUCCAACAAACGUUAGCAGAAAUCAAAAAGAGCAUAACAGCUGCUUCCAAUACAAGAACUGAUUUGGCUAACGAAAUAAUCCGUAAGACAGAAGAGGUCGAAUCGGCGCUUGGUGGAGAAACUAUUUUCCAAAAGGAACCAGAGACAGAUCAGCCUAUAUUAGCGGCUGCUCAUGAGCUUCACGCUGCAGUACGUGACUGGUCAGCUCGAGAUAAUGAGGUUGUGGCUGCUGCAAAACGUGUUGCUGUAUUGAUGGCGCAGCUAUCACACCACAUGUACAAUGACCGCAAGAACGAAUUAAUUGCGACAGCUAAAGCGAUUGUCGCCAAAUCACACGAAGUAGCGGAUCUUGCUAGGAAAUUAGCAAUGGAAUGCUCAGAUUUAAGAAUAAGAAAUAACUUGCUGCAAGUAUGCCAAAGAAUUCCAUUGAUUAGCGGCCAAUUGAAAAUGCUAACAACCGUCAAAGGUUCAACUCUUGGAAAGCAGGGAACUGAAGAGGACCAGGAAGCUAUGAAUAUGCUGGUGGGAAAUGCACAGAAUCUCAUGAAAAGUAUACAAGAGGUUGUGAACGAGGCCGAGAGUGCUUCGGUAAAGAUAAUGUCUCAACGAGGACGACGAUUAAGGUGGAAAAGAAGAAAUUAUUAUUAA